GCAGCAAGCACCCAAGGUUUAAUUCUUCUUCAGAGGUUUUAGGCAGUUUCACCUGCAGAACAAAUAUGUGGAAGGUUAUCUUUCCUUUUGUUGCCGCUCUUUUAGCCUUUGGGUUGUGUCAGGUGAUAGUCGGAGGCAAAAAGAAGAUAGAGGAUGCAGAUAACGAUGAGGGCUUCCAGAGAGCUUUGCAGUUUGCUGUUGUCCAACACAACAACAGGACCAAUGACACGGUCCUCUACCAGGUCCUCAAGGUGGACUCGGCUGAGCAUCAGGUGGUAGAGGGCUCCUUAUACACCAUGACUGUGAUUUUGCGAAGAACCAACUGUGAGAAGGAGGCACCAGCAGAUGGCUGUGCUGUCCAAAAAUUGCCAGGAUUUGCUCGGCCUCGCCGGUGCAUAUUUGAGGUGUGGAGUCGCCCAUGGCUCAAUGAUACCCAGCUGACCAAAGAAGAGUGUGACAGUGUUGAGCGUACUUCAGAGUGAAAAACUUUUUCCUCUUGAAGAUUUGCAAAGGUUAAUGCCUUUACACCCCAUCAAUGUCAUGUCAGUAAAUGCAACUUUCAAACUUUACUGAAUUUGUCAUUAACCUCAAUAAAGAUCUGUAUUCUGCAAUGCAAAAUCAAAGUUUCACUAUGGAUUCAUUAACAAACAAAAAAGCACAA